CAUAUGUGGCCUCCACCAUUGUAGUUGAGAUUUCCCUUUUCUCUCUCCUCGGCCCUCGCACAAUCCAGAUCUAGGGUUUGUUGCUCUCCAAUCAUCAUCAAUGGCGUUAGAAUGGGUAGUACUCGGUUACGCUGCAGCUGCAGAAGCAAUCAUGGUGAUCCUUCUAACCCUUCCUGGCCUGGACGGUCUUCGCAAGGGUUUGAUCGCCGUCACUCGCAAUCUCCUUAAACCAUUUCUCUCAAUCGUACCUUUUUGUUUGUUCCUACUCUUGGAUAUCUACUGGAAAUACGAGACUCGCCCCUCUUGUGAAGCCGAUUCUUGCACUCCUUCCGAGUAUCUUCGUCAUCAGAAAUCAAUCAUGAAAAGCCAACGUAAUGCUCUUCUAAUUGCUGCUGCUCUCCUCUUUUACUGGAUCUUGUACUCUGUUACUGCCUUGGUUGUCAAGAUCGAGCUGUUGAAUCAACGACUUGAGAGGUUCAAGACCCGAACUGAUUAAUUUACCCGUCUCGUCUUCUCCUCCUUUUUCUUCUUCUCAGAUAACUGGAUUUUCCCUCAUCCUCCGACUUUAUGUAUGUUAUCCACUAUACUCGUUAUAUUUUUUAUUUUAUGUUGGUUUGAUUCACUGUUUAUCGGAUUAAUAGACAGUUCCAGGAUUGCUUA